AUGAAGAUUUUCUAUAUGGGCGUUCUUCGGAACGACACUGAACCCGCCCUUCAGCUAUGCGGGGAGAAGGAGCUCAGCAGCUUUUCGCGCUUCACUCGUCAAAAUUACGAGGAGUUCCUGAUGCUGUUUUGCCGCACGGUUGCGGAACGUACGAAGCCCGGACAACGACAGGAUAUUGAGGAGAAGGCCUACACAUUCCACGCCUACGCCCGGACAGAGGGUGUUGCCGGUGUCAUCGUGACGGACGGUGACUACCCCGCGCUGGUGGCCCACCAACUCCUUUCCAAGAUUGUCGACGAGUUUCUUGCCAAGCAUCCACGCACCUCUUUUUCUGAUCCGGCCCUACGCGAGAACGCGUGCCCCCUGCCCCAGCUCAAAGACUACAUCACCAAAUACCAGGACCCCAGUCAGGCGGACAGCAUCAUGAAGAUCCAACAGGAGCUCGACGAGACCAAGAUUGUCCUGCACAAGACGAUCGAGAGUGUACUGGAACGUGGCGAGAAGAUUGAUUCACUGGUUCAAAAAAGUGAUGGACUGUCGGCGCAGAGUAAGAUGUUCUAUACCCAGGCCAAGAAGCAAAACUCUUGCUGCGUUGUGAUGUAG